UUUAAUGGAGCGUCUCAUGUGAGGAGAGUAGUAAGACAAGGUUGUUUACUAACACUGGUUCUGAUUCAUGAUUACGGUGGGCUGGAUCAUGCGUCAGACCGUUGGCGUUAAGGAAACGAGUACACGAUAGAUCAACAAGACGACGUUAGAAGAUCGUGAUUGACUUGAUUACAAUUAAACAUAGAGAAAGUAGAGGUGAUGAAGAUAACCAACCAACGACGGCAUACUGGUCUUCUUCAACGGGAGAUGUCUGAAGGCAGUCAUCUACUUUAUUUACAGACUGACAGUUCUUUUGGCGGCAGAUAGCAUGGAAUUGGAUUUCGAAGGCAAGAUUGAAAAAGCAAGACAGAUCUUCAGUAAUCUGGAGUCAACAUGGAAAUCUACUGCACUCAGCAUAAGGCAGAAGAUCCUAAUGUUAAAUCAGUGCCUUCAUAUGGUUCAGUGUGGCUUGUCACAGUCGUCACCAAAAGCAUCUCUAACGGCAUGCUGCACCUGGCUUCACUGUCUCGAUACCAAACAUCAGUGGUUGACUAGAAAGGACAAUCAACAAGGAAAUCUAACAAUGAACCAACCAACAGAUAUGGAGAAGGAAGUUAGGAUGCAUUGGUGGAUAUGCACUCAACAGACCUUCAAGUGACACCGCACCCCAAACCCUCGAGGAAAAUUGACGAAGGAGCGACAAGUUUAGCGUCCAAGGGUGAAAUGGAGAUCCUGUGGACACUUACAAAC